ACUGCCCGGCUGGAAGGGAACCGACCUUCCGCCCAGCCAACAGGCAAGAUGGCCACGGCUGGGGGCGGCUCUGUGGCUGACCCGGGAAGUCGGUGUCUUCUUCGCCUUCUGUCUUUCUGCGUCCUACUGGCAGGUUUGUGUGAGGGAAACUCAGUCGAGAGGAAGAUCUACAUCCCCUUAAAUAAAACAGCUCCCUGUGUCCGACUGCUCAAUGCCACUCAUCAGAUUGGCUGCCAGUCUUCCAUUAGUGGGGACACAGGGAUUAUCCACGUAGUAGAGAAGAAAGAGGACUUGCAGUGGGUGUUGACUGAUGGCCCUAACCCGCCUUACGUGGUUCUGCUGGAGGGCACUCUCUUUACCAGGGAAGUGAUGGAGAAGCUGAAGGGGACAACCGGCCGAAUUGCUGGUCUUGCGGUAUCUUUAGCCAAGCCCAGUCCUGCCCCAGGCUUCUCUCCUAGUGUGCAGUGUCCCAAUGAUGGGUUUGGUAUUUACUCCAGCUCCUAUGGCCCACAGUUUGCUCACUGCAAAAAAAUACCGUGGAACUCCCUGGGCAAUGGCUUGGCUUAUGAAGACUUUAGUUUCCCCAUCUUCCUUCUUGAAGACGAAAAUGAAACUAAUGUCAUUAAGCAGUGCUACCGAGAUCACAACCUGAGUCAGAACGGCUCAGCCCCCACCUUCCCGCUGUGUGCCAUGCAGCUCUUCUCACACAUGCACGCCGUCAUUAGCACUGUCACCUGCAUGCGGCGCAGCUCCAUCCAGAGCACCUUCAGCAUCAACCCGGAAAUCGUCUGCGACCCCCUGUCUGACUACAACGUGUGGAGCAUGCUUAACCCUAUAAAUACAUCUGGGACAUUGGAUCCUGAUGACAGGGUCGUGGUGGCUGCCACCCGGCUGGACAGUCGUUCGUUUUUCUGGAAUGUGGCCCCAGGGGCUGAAAGUGCCGUUGCCUCCUUCGUCACCCAGCUGGCCGCAGCGGAAGCUCUGCAGAAGGCACCCGAUGUGACCACUCUGCCCCGCAACGUCAUGUUUGUCUUCUUCCAAGGGGAAACAUUUGACUACAUUGGCAGCUCGAGAAUGGUCUAUGAUAUGGAGAAGGGCAAGUUUCCUGUGCAGUUAGAGAACAUCGACUCAUUUGUGGAGCUGGGACAGGUAGCCUUAAGGACGUCACUAGAGCUUUGGAUGCACACAGACCCCAUGUCUCAGAAAAAUGAAUCUGUACAGAAGCAGGUGGAGCAGCUCCUGGCCACCCUGGAGAAGAGUGGCACUGCUGUCCCUAACGUGGUUCUCAGGAGGCCAGAUCAGUCCCAGCCUCUCCCACCAUCUUCUCUGCAGCGAUUUCUUCGAGCUCGAAACAUCUCUGGCGUUGUUCUUGCUGACCACCAAAAAGUCUUCCAGAACCACUAUUACCAGAGCAUUUACGACACUGCCGAGAACAUUAAUGUGAACUACCCUGAAUCGCAGAGCCCUGAAGAGGACCUGAACUUUGUGACAGACACUGCCAAGGCUCUGGCAGAUGUGGCCACGGUGCUGGGACAGGCACUGUACCAGCUUGCAGGAGGAACCAACUUCAGCGACACCAUUCAGGCUGAUCCCCAAACGGUCACCCGCCUGCUCUAUGGGUUCCUGGUUAGAGCCAACAACUCAUGGUUCCAGUCUAUCCUCAGGCAGGACUUAAGGUCCUACUUGGGUGAUGGGCCCCUUCAGCAUUACAUCGCCGUCUCCAGCCCUACCAACACCACUUACGUUGUGCAGUAUGCGUUGGCAAAUUUGACGGGCAAAGUAGUCAACCUCACCCGAGAGCAGUGCCAGGAUCCAAGUAAAAUCCCCACUGAAAACAAGGAUCUGUAUGAGUACGCGUGGGUUCAGGGCCCUUUGAAUUCCAAUGAGACGGACCAGCUCCCCCGAUGUGUGCGUUCCACGGCACGACUGGCCAGGGCCUUGUCCCCUGCCUUCGAACUGAGGCAGUGGGGCUCUACUGAAUACUCUACGUGGACUGAGAGCCGCUGGAAAGAUAUCCGCGCCCGGAUAUUUCUGAUAGCCAGCAGAGAGCUUGAGUUUAUCACCCUGAUGGUGGGCUUUGGCAUCCUCGUCUUCUCUCUCGUGGUCACCUACUGCAUCAAUGCCAAAGCCGAUGUCCUUUUCAUUGCUCCCCGGGAACCAGGAUCUGUGUCUUACUGAAGAGGACCCCCAGCUUUCCCUGCCAGCUCUGCAUUUCACUUCUCAGAUCACCUGUCCCACUGGGACAUAAACCACUAGUUUUGUCACUGGAACCUCUCUGGGCCUGGCUCAGACUGGGAUUAACAUAAGAAGUGGAACUGCCCAAAAGAGACAAUGAGAGAUAAACAAGUCGCCCCCUCUUCCCUCCUGUCUCCCUGCCCAUUUCCUCUUCCUCACCCCUGCCAGAGCCCGGGAUGCCAGACACUUUUUGCCCCCGUUUGACUCCUAGCUGCCCACCCUUCUUCAGGAUCCCUCUUCUACUCUUUCCACCCUGCCCUGUUCCUCCCUCUGCUCCCCACCCCCUGUACCCAACCACCUUCCUGAGAAGGACAUGAAGGGUUGAACACCAGGAACAAACUACAAGGAAGCCGUGAGGAGGAGGCCGGGGCGAUCUGCAGGCUGAGCCUGCUGUCUCCCUCCUGCUGUCCUGUCUCCAGGCCCUUAGACGGCACCUCAGCGUGGGUGUGCUGCUGGGUGGGCAUCCCACCUCCAGCCCGCAGUGCUCCGUUGUGAUUUUUAUUGAGCUGUAAUGUCUGUUUUUGUUUUCUUUUUCCCUUUCUUUGUAUGUGUGUGUGUGUGCGUGUGCGUACGUGUGCGUGUGUGCACGCGUAUGUAAAUAUAUAAAUAGCGAGUUUCAUUAAAACAGACUCUCCCACGUGA